AUGGAGAACAUCCCUUAUGCUGUAGCAGUUGGAUGUCUUGGAUAUAUUCAAGUCUGUACGAGGCCGGAUAUUGCUUUUGCGGUUGGAAUGCUAGGGCGUUACCAACACAAUCCGGGGUUGGACCAUUGGGGAGCUGUAAAGAAGGUUCUAAGACACUUUGUACUCAAAGCUAAAGAAGACAUCGAAAAACAAUUUAGAAACUUUUGUGUGGCCAAAGAAGAGCACCACCUACCAAAAGAAGCUUCAGAACAACUCUUUCAAACCUUGCAUCAAGUAACAAAAAACGCAGCACAGUUGUUGAGCACUAUCCACAACACAAGAAGCAAUGAAGCUGCUGAUGAUGAUGAGGCCAAUGAUACUCAGUCUGUGUGCUAUCCAAAGCUUGAUGAGGGUAGAAUAAUGGUGGGUCGUCAAAAUGACGUUAGUAUGAUAAAGAGUCGACUCUUCAGUAGCUUAAAAGGUGUAAAAGUAAUCCCAAUUAUUGGGAUGCCAGGCAUAGGGAAGACUACUUUAGCAAGAAAAAUCUUGGAAGAUCCACCAGUUGCAUUCAAUUUCGAGGUACGAGGAUGGGUUACAGUGACUCAAAAUUACAAUGAGAGCAAAGUGCAACGUGACCUUCUCCAGCCAAUUUCACCAAACAUGGAAAAACCACAGUUAAGGCAUCUUGAACUUGACACUAGCUAUGUUGUCAAUCCUUCAAGCAUGGAAAAAGAGAAUUUGCAAACAUUAUCUUGGGUGGAUCCAACUCAUUGCAGAAACAGAGUGUAUUCCAAUUUUCCAAAUAUAAAAAUAUUGAAAAUUGUCUAUAAAGUAGACUUAGAGGCCAGCCAGAUUAGUGGAUAUUCCAGCAAUUGCUUCAUUUUGGAUAAGUUGGGCUAUUUAGAACGGCUAAAGAGUCUAACAGUUUCAGUUUCGGUUGGGUGCAUUGUAAUCUUUCCCGAAUGGUUUAUUUUUCCUUCACAACUGAAGAAGUUGAAGUUGAGUGGUACUAAUAUUUCUGGGUGGGAUUUAACAGUAAUUGGGAGGUUGCAAUGGCUUAAGGUACUAAAGCUGGAAAAUGCGUUCCAUAAAAAUGUAUGGGAAGUAGCUGAAGGAGGAUUCUAUAGAUUAAGAUUGUUGGUCCUUAAAGAUAAAAAGCUCUAA